GAGAUCAUAUAGAGAGAGCUCAACUUGAAUGAUUAUUUAAAUAUCUGUACAAGGGAGACGCUACUAUUGGUUGUGUGGGAGAAGAGAGCAAUCAGGAAUUUAGUGGCUUUUAAACCAAAGAACAACGACUGAUUACACCCGAUUGGAAUACAAGGAGAAACAUUUUGACACUGAAACAGGUACUCCUUGCUGAGGCAGUAGACUGGAACCUACCCAAACGUCUAUUUGUCCUUGUCAUAGGGCCCCAUACGGCUAAACACACACAUGCACACAGUAUCCAACCAACCCAGACACCACGGGGGAAACACCCCACAGAUCUGAGCAAGGGAGACAGUAGAAGCUAAAGACGAAUUGAAAGAGUUGAAGAGAAAGAGAGCACGUUGACUUUGUCUGCUGCUGCUCAGCCAAACUUAAUUUAUUGUCUGACCAUGACACCUACCUGUUAAUUCCCUCUUUCUUCUUAAUCUGGGGAAUUUAAAGGUGAGAAAAGGGAUUUUGAAGACCAAUUUUCUUCCCUGAGCAAUACUAAUCUGCUGUUUGAUCUUAUAAGAAACAGAAACAUCUGUUUUUCACCAUUUACAAACAGAGUGACAGAAAGUAAAGAUACUUAUGUGUCUCAAUCAAUUAAUUAAUUAAUCUUUAGCUUAAGGAAACAAAGAUUUAAUCAAACAUCGUAAGAAUCAUGCAUCACUGGUCAGCUUGUUCAUCGACCUUUGACCCUACUCUGCUACUGGGGUUGUUGCUUCUGUUGGGCCCCCUAGGGGCCUGUGGCCAAAAUGACACAGAGCCCCUUGUCCUGGAAGGAAAGUGUUUGGUUGUGUGUGACUCCACACCCUCCUCUGAGCCUGGAGGCAACGCUCUGGGCAUGUCGGUCCGCUCUGGCACUGGCCGGGUGGCGUUCUCCGCCACUCGUCAGACCAACCACGAGCCCACCGACAUGAGCAACCGCACCAUGAUCAUCUACUUUGACCAGAUUCUGGUGAAUGUAGGUUCUCACUUUGACCAGGAGAGCAGUGUUUUUCUGGCACCAAGGAGAGGUGUCUACAGCUUCAACUUCCAUGUGGUGAAGGCCUACAAUAGACAAACUAUUCAGGUCAGUCUAAUGCUGAAUGGGUGGCCGAUGAUCUCAGCCUUUGCUGGAGACCAGGAUGUGACAAGGGAGGCGGCUACAAAUGCAGGCCUCAUCAUCAUGGAGAGGGGCGACAAGGCCUACCUCAAAUUGGAGAGAGGCAAUUUAAUGGGUGGAUGGAAGUACUCCACCUUCUGUGGCUUUUUAGUGUUCCCUCUGUAAAGAGACUUAAGAAGUGGACAGAGGGAGAGGAG